AUGACAAUUGAUCCAAGUAAAAUUUCAGCUUCCACUACUCCAUUUGCCCUCAUCGAUGAAUACAGUGCUAUUGAAAGUGAAAAAGAAAUUUUAUUUUCAAUGCACACUGUUUUUCGUGUCGAUGAUAUCAAGCAGGCAGUCAGCAACAGUCGUCUAUGGGAAGUACAAUUGACUCUCACAGGCGACAAUGAUCCACAAUUGGCUACUCUUACUGAACGCAUAAAAGGGGAACUCCGUGGAUCCACAGGAUGGCACCGUUUGGGUGAUCUAAUGCUUCAAGUGGGUCACUACGAUCAAGCUGAAGAACUUUAUAACGAAUUACUAAAGAACUCGUCCAGCGACAGUGAUAGAGCACAUAUAUAUCAUCAGCUUGGACUGAUGAAAUUGCAUCAAGGACAAUACAAAGAAGCAGUUUCAUUUUAUGAAAAAUCACUUGAAAUCAAGCGAAAGACUCUUCCGGAAGAUCAUUCUACAUUGGCUACUUCCUACAACAACAUCGGUGGAGUGUAUGGCAAAAUGGGUGACUACUCGAAAGCACUUGAAGUUUACGACAAAUCACUUAAAAUAAAAGAAAAAUCUCUGCCUCCGAAGCAUCCCUCAUUGGCUACUUCCUACAACAACAUCGGUUCGGUGUAUAAAGACAUGGGUAACUACUCGAAAGCACUUGAAUUUUACGAAAAAGGUUUAGAAAUAACGAAAAAAUCUCUGCCUCCGAAUCAUCCCGAUUUGGCUAGUUCCUACAACAACAUCGGUGGAGUGUAUAAAGACAUGGGUAACUACUCGAAAGCACUUGAAUUUUACGACAAAUCACUUAAAAUAAGAGAAAAAUCUCUGCCUCCGAAUCAUCCCGAUUUGGCUAGUUCCUACAACAACAUCGGUGGAGUGUAUAUGAACAUGGGUAACUACUCGAAAGCACUUGAAUUUUACGGCAAAGCACUUAAAAUCUGCGAAAAAUCUCUGCCCCCGAAUCAUCCCAAUUUGGCUACUUCCUACAACAACAUCGGUCUUGCAUUUAAAAACAUGGGCAACUACUCGAAAGCACUUGAAUUUUACGACAAAUCACUUAAAAUAAGAGAAAAAGCUCUGCCUCCGAAUCAUCCCGAUUUGGCUCAAUCCUACAACAACAUCGGUGCAGCGUAUUACGCCAUGGGCAACUACUCGAAAGCACUUGCAUUUUACGACAAAUCAGUUAGAAUAAGAGAAAAAGCUCUGCCUCCGAAUCAUCCCGAUUUGGCUUCUACCUACAACAACAUCGGUCUUGCGUAUGACAACAUGGGUAACUACUCGAAAGCACUUGAAUUUUACGAAAAAUCACAUAAAAUACUCGAAAAAGCUCUGCCUUCGAAUCAUCCCGAUUUCGCUCAAUCCUACAACAACAUCGGUACGGCGUAUUCCGGAAAAGGUGACUACCCAAAAGCACUUUCAUAUCUAGAAAAGUCACUUGCCAUCUGGCAAAAAUCAGUCCCACCAACACAUCCUAAUAUUAAAACGGCGAUGAAUAAUAUUGACUAUGUGAAAAAGAAAAUGUAA